AUGGUUAUUUCCGGAGCCAGUAUUAUCACUAUCAGAGUCAUUAAACACUAUAUUGGCAACAGUUUCUCGGUUAUCAUUAAAGGAUCAGAUUUUGUUGCUAGCGCUAGAAUCAAUUCUCGAAUUAAAGUCGAUUCUGAGAAUCGAUCCCUAUCCCUACAACUUGGUAACUGUUAUGAAAAUGGCAUUAGUGGAGGCAAACUUGCUCGUGAACACGGAAUAGUAGAAGACUUUAAAACAAUCAUUUUAUCAGAUGAGUCUACUUAUACACGGUUUCAAACUAAAGGUUUUGGACGUGUGUGGUGUGAACCUUCAGAAGAAUUAGUGUUAGUCGCAUGUUCUGGAAAAGAUAACGCACCUGUUCACACCGUGAAAUCUGCUCGUUCUUUCCUUGCCUCCUUGAAUGUAGAAGUUCCCCCCUGGCCAGCUCAAAUUCCUGACCUUAAUCAUAUGGAAAAUAUUUGGUCAUUUAUUGAGAUUAAAAUUCGUCAACGUGAUCCACCCUCAAAUAUUGCGCAAUUGGAAAGGUGGGUUAAAGAGGAAUGGGAUGUAAUACUGGUGAAUUAUUACCGUAAUUUAAUUAAAUCUAUGCCACAACGGGUUCAAGCUGUUAUUGCAGCGAAUGGGAGUCAGACGAAGUACUAA